GGGCAUGCUCAGCGCCAGCGGCUCCGGCUCCGGUGGGUGGGAAGCGCCGCACUCCCGGCCGCCUGCCCGCGGCGCAGCCGGCUACGCUGCAGCGGCCGGCGGAGGCGGCCCGUCCGCAGUGGGUGCUGCCAGCCGUCAGAGGCAGAGCGCGGCGCAGCGGCAGCACCGAGGCUGGCCAUGGCGAGGAGCGCACGGCGGCCACCUGAGUGGCGCGGCGGCGUCAGGUUCUUCGUCAAGAACCAACCCUACGGAACCAGCACGGGUUUGUCCCAUGGCCUGCUCUGAGCAGCCUGCUGUCCGACAGAAGAUCCCAGUGGCAAACCAUCUCUGUUGCCUUACAGAGCAAGCGAAGAAGAUGGAUCGAUUGAAGAGCCAUCUGCCUGUGUGCUUUCUACCUUCUGUGCCCUGUUUAAUCCUAGUAUCCACUCUAGCGACUGCGAAGAGUGUGACUAACAGCACUUUAAACGGCACUGACGUGGUCUGGGGCUUUAUGCCCGUAAUCAUUGCCAGAACCGACCAUAUCAUAGUCAAGGAAGGGAAUAGUGCCUUGAUUAACUGUAGUGUUGAUGGCAUCCCCAAGCCACAGUUCAAGUGGUACAAUUCCAUUGGCAAGCUGCUGAAAGAAGAAGAGGAGGAGAAGGAGAGAGGAGGAGGAAAAUGGCAGAUGCUCGAGAGUGGCCUCCUGAACAUCACCAAGGUGUCUUUUUCAGACCGAGGUAAAUACACAUGUGUUGCUUCUAAUGUCUAUGGCACUGUGAACAACACGGUGACCCUGCGCGUCAUCUUCACCUCUGGGGACAUGGGUGUCUACUACAUGGUUGUCUGCCUCGUGGCCUUCACCAUUGUCAUGGUCCUCAACAUCACCCGCCUGUGUAUGAUGAGCAGCCACCUGAAGAAGACUGAGAAAGCCAUCAACGAGUUCUUUAGGACAGAAGGUGCAGAGAAGCUGCAAAAGGCAUUUGAGAUUGCCAAGCGGAUCCCCAUCAUCACCUCAGCCAAAACUCUAGAGCUUGCCAAAGUCACCCAGUUCAAAACCAUGGAGUUUGCUCGCUAUAUUGAAGAGCUUGCCAGGAGCGUGCCUCUGCCUCCUCUCAUCAUGAACUGCAGGACCAUCAUGGAGGAGAUCAUGGAGGUGGUCGGGCUGGAGGAGCAGGGGCAGAACUUUGUGCGGCACACCCCAGAGGGCCAGGAGGCCGCAGACAGGGACGAGGUGUACACGAUCCCAAACUCUCUGAAGCGAAGCGACUCCCCCACCGCCGACUCGGACGCCUCGUCACUGCAUGAACAGCCGCAGCAGAUUGCCAUCAAGGUGUCCAUUCAUCCACAGUCCAGAAAAGAUCACGUGGACGACCAAGAAGGGGUACAGUUUGAAGUCAAAGAUGAAGAGGAGACAGAACCAUCCGCCGAACAUUCUCCAGAGACUGCCGAGCCUUCCACAGAUGUAACGUCCACGGAGCUAACAUCUGAAGAGCCCACACCUGUGGAGGUGUCUCUAGACAGAGUCCUGCCGCCAGCUCACCUGGAAACUGCAGAGCCAGCAGUAGCACAGGACAGAAACACCUGCAUUAUUUAUGAAAGCCAUGUCUAAUAUCAACUCCGAAAAGCUAUGCAUAUCAAGAAAAUCAGGGGCUGCUCCUCGUAGUCCAGAUUUAGUACGCACUUGCCGCUAAGCCUUACCAGGAGACUCUCAUCCCUUAGGUAGGAGUGAUGCCAUUUUGAAAGGGGAAACACCUGUGUGCAGUUCACGUGACUGGACCUUCCCCAGUAGAAAAGGAUGUAGGAAACAUCAGGGUGCAGAACUGAUUAAUUUUGGACAGAAGGAGUCUGUCCUAGUGAUACGAAUUUUAGAGACUCUUCUCUGCCAACUACCUUAAUAGGUGAUGCCCUUUUGGCAAAGAGUACACUACUGUAAGAUAAAUUCUGAGUUCAAGAGCCCUGUCCAAUGCACACUGCAUUACUUUUCUUUUAAAAAAUUAUAGGUCUGCUACAAUAGCAAAUGCACGUAUAUGGGUUUGUUGCACUUUCUUCUCAGUUUUUUUACUUUCACUGUUCCUUUAUAAUGGAGUAAUUGUUGUUAUAUUAAUACUAAUUGCUCUUUCUGGUUUAGUCCUCUUGGUCCUUAUUUUCCCCUAGAACAUUUACCUCAGAGACUUUGGUAUCAGUCACCAACCAGUACCAGGUCUUAUAUCUUAUAACUCACUUGUAAUGUUCCAAAGUAGUUAUUAGGCUCCUUAUUUUGUUACUUCCCAGGCUUGUUUUCACACUUGAUUUUUAUUUGUUUCCAAUGAAGCUGCUGUUGUGAAACUGAGAAAAACUUUGCCCAGGAAUAGCACUUUAAUAGCCAAAUAAAAUUGUGUUUACCUGUUCAAUCAGAGAGCAUUUUGGCGAGCUCAACGGAGGUAUGGGUGGGGAAGGUUAUAAAAGGUUGAAUAUAUCCACAAUACUCAUGGCAUUUGAUGAAUUCCUGUAUGCUGUAGAAUACCGGCUACCCAGAGGAGCAUUCAGGGAAGGAUAUAAAUAUUAUGACAAUAGCAUAGGAAACUGCACCAUCAAAUUUCAUGCCAAAAUUAUUGAAUUAUUUAGUCUCACAAGAAAGCAGUUAUACGCAAGGUAGAAUGAUGUUAUAGACAAAGACAAAACUAGUCAUUCAAAGGCCAACACCUUACCUGACUGUGCUAAUAACCAGCUGCCUGGCUUUGGGCAAGUCUGGUUUUCAGUUUUCUUAUCUGUCAGAUGGGCCACACUAGAUGAGCCCUGGGCACCAUUUAAAGGGUCUCACUCACUC